AUGGUUGGCCUGGACAUGAUGAGCCAGCGUUCGCUGGCGGCGGACGCCUACAGUGCCAGUGCUUCUAUGAAAGCUUGCCAAGCAGGGGGCUGGCGUAUUGCGGCUGCGCAGCUGCACAGCCUCCUUCAGAUGCAGCUGGAAACGACAGCCGUGAACUGCAAUGUUCUCGUGACUACGUUCGAAGCCUUUGCCAGAUGGCAGCAGCCGCUGGAGAUCCUCAACGUUAUGCAGUUGUCUGGCGUUGAGAAGACAGUCAUUUCUGCAGCCUCCGCCAUCUCCGCCUGCGGUUCCGGAGAGCACUGGCAACAUGCUUUAGCUUUGGUGGCCGACUCUGGCAAGACGAGCCUGGAAGCCAAUCUGAUCGCGUGCAAUGCCGCCGCCAGUUCCUGCGAGAAGACAGGCCAGUGGAGACAGGCAGCAGAGAUGCUAGCUGGGAUGCGCAGCAGCUCGGUGAAGGAAGACUGUAUAUCUUGCAACGCAGUCAUCAGUUCACUGGAAAAAGGCGGACUGUGGCAGCACGCUUUAGAGCUGCUUGAUUCAGGGUUCCAGCACAUCGAAGCAUCAGUCGUUACCCACAGCGCCGCGAUCAGCAGCUGUGAGACAGCUGGACGAUGGCGUGAGGCCCUCUUCAUGCUUCGCCGCCUACCCAAGUUGAAGGUGAGUGCUAAUGUCUUUACGUACAAUUCCGCGAUCAGUGCAUGCGAGAAAGGUUGUUCUUGGAUUAAUGCUGUGUGGCUGCUGUGUGAGAUGAAGAUGGCAUCACUAGAGCUUGAUCUGGUCUCGUACAAUGCGGCCCUGAGCACUUGUGCCGUCAGCACUCAAUGGGCUUUGACUCUGUGCUUAAUGUCGGAAAUGACGGCGCAGAGGCUGCAGAUGGACGUGCCUUGUCGCAAAUUGAGUGCUUGCGCCCUGGACAUGUCGGUUGAUCAUUUUCCAUCUGGCUUUCCAGGCGUCUCGUUCUCCUCGCUCGUCUCGUUCUCUGCGCGUCGCAACGGGGAGGCGUCCAUGGUCGCGGAUGCGGAUGUGAAGAUGAUGUGCUGCACCGAGUUUUCCAAGCAACACAAGACAUUCAGGCUUGUGGGCGGCUGCUGGAGCCAUCUGGCCCGGGACUCCGCGACCCUCUCUGAAUCGGCAGGACACUGGCAAGGCUCAUGCAAAAGGAAUGAGUCGAAUGUGGAGCAGUUGCUCCGAGAAUGGGAUACUCUCAAAAGAGUUAGUUCCCAGAACAUGGCGCCGGCCGUUCUGCUCAGUGAGAAGGAGCGGAUGGCAUUCGAGAGCGCAAUGGAUGAUGCAGAACUGAUGGCGUUGAAGCAUGCAGAAAUCAGCGGAUGGUUUUUCGAUCGCCGCACCGGCUGCCGCUGGUCAGCUGCACAGGUGGCAGAGAUAUGCCGUGGCAACCUGGCCGAGUGGAUGGCGUGGGCCUUUUUCCACUGCACGCCAGACGAGGUACCUGAAAGCAGGUGGUCGGAGCUUGUACAGCUUGUCGAUGAAGGUGCUGCUUGGGCCGAAGUUGAUUUCCCCGAAGGCUACAACCCGCAUGUGCAGGCCAUGCGCUUAACGAUGGAUCCUAUACCAUCCGAGCAUCGUCCGAUGAUUUACUACAUUGUGACGGCACUCGCACUUCCGGUAGUGACACAUUACAACCUCGAAAACUUGGGCUUCCGCAAGCACAAGAGUGGCACUCUUCAGUACUGGCUUCGUCGAGGACAGGGCAAAAGCACGGGGCCCCCAAUCGUCUUUUGCCAUGGUGUGGGAGUCAACCUGCUGCCAUACGAACAUUUCAUCACGGAGCUGCUGAGGCAAGUGCCAAAGAGCAAAAGCGUCUUUCUGGUGUCUUUGCCGCACAUCUCCAUGCGAAUCAAGGAGGAUGUGCCAUCCAGUGCAGAGAUGGUCGCAUGCCUUCGAGACAUGCUCACGAGCUGGGAUUUUGAUUCGGCUCACUUUGUCGGCCAUUCCUUUGGAUCCAUCGUCGUGGCCUGGAUGUGCAAGAACGCCAAGGAGACAGUCAAAAUCGCAACCUUCUUGGAUCCUGUGUGUUUUCUUCUCAUCAAGCCAGAUGUCUGUUACAACUUCAUGUACCGGAGCCCGGAGACUCCUACACAGCUGCUUCUACACUACUUCGUUGCGCGCGAGCUCUUCAUUGCGCAUAGUCUAUCCCGGAACUUUUUCUGGUUCCAGAACUUGCUUUGGCCUGAGGAGCUGACGAUGCCUGCGCUGGUUAUGCUGUCCGGCGAGGACUCCAUUGUUCCAGCACAUUCCGUUCGCCGCUAUCUAACUGGCUGGCUGCAGCAGCAGAGCACAGACACCUUCAGGCUUCUUUGGUUUCCGAAUCUCGGACAUGGGGAGAUGAACUUUGGCCCAGUCGGGCUGGCCGCUGUCAAGCGAAUUGUGGCGGAGAUGAUGGCGCUGGAAGCCAGGCUUCAAGUAGGGCGCCGCAGGUAG